UAACUGCGCCAUCUUCUAAAAUUUGCCAGCGUCAUCAGAAUCAGCCACUAUUUUAUGCGCCGGAAUCGUUGGAUUCAGUGAAAUUUUCAUUAGCUCGUUAUUUAAAGGCUGGUUGAAUCUGUAGCAGCAAAUGGUCGAAAAAAAAAUGCGAGACAACGACAAAGAAUCCCCAUUCUCGGAUAUUAAAAGGAGUAGAAGCAGAAGUGCUUCGAAUAGUAGUGCGGAAGACAGGAAAAGUAGGAGCCGCAGCAGAUCAAGUUUGUCUAGGUCACGUUCGAGAAGCCGUAGUAGUGAAGUUGAUGGGUACAGAUUACACAUUGCUGACAUUGGAGACGAUGUCAGGAGAUCAGAUUUAGAGAAGGUGUUUUCGCCUUACGGUUCACUUAAGGAAGUGUGGAUGACGAAUAGUACCCCUUGCUUUGGCUUCGCUGUUUUUAAAGAUAAGAAAGCAGCUGCUUCUGCCUUAAAAGGCACUGAUGGAGUUGAAAUAAAUGGCUCUAGAAUCCGGGUAACUUAUGCUAGGCCCCGAACCAGAGGUUCCGGAAGACGUUUCUACAACACUAAUAUGAGAUGUUACCAGUGUGGGUACUCGGGACAUUUCUAUAGAGAUUGCCCGGAAAUCAACGGAGGCGGCGAGAAAAGGGACAGAGACCGUUACGGUCGGUCUAGAGGCCACAGGGAUAGAGACAGAGAGUACUACCGCGAAAGGGAGCACGGCGGGAGGAGGUCGUACAGGUCCAACCGCAACAACCGCUACGAAGAGUACCGCCCCAGGCGUAGCGGCAGCGACAGGAGGAGGCACCGUUACUGAUCCGUUGGGAUCGGGAUGUAACGGAAAUCUGUACAGGCAAUUUUUCCCAUGUGUAUUACUUAGUUUUUUAGGUGCCUGAUGAAUAUUUUUAUUGGUAGUAGUGACAGCAUAAUGUUCUUAAUUUUAUCCGAUUGCAGCUGUUUGUAUAUUUCUCAAAAUUUUUUGUAUUUGUAAUAAUGGUACAAAACUGCAUGCGUACGAUACCACCGCACACAAUUUUAGGUGGGGCGUCUUUAAUAUAUACAGCGUGAACCAAGAAUGAUUUUUUACAUCUAGCAGCCUUCUAGAUAUAUUUGAACUGGCUAUGAUUUUUGUUUGUGAGCAGUUUUUCAGAAAAUUGGCAAUGUAGCUUUAACGAGCACUCAGUAUCUCAUAUUUCAUCAAUUUAUUGUGCUGACUAAUCGUUUCAAUUUCAAUUCAUACUUAAAGUUCUCAAUUUAUUUAGGGUCUGUUUCGGAUUAAAGAUCUAGGAGGCGUUGGAAAUGCCUGAAUGUGAUGACAGUAAUAUGUUAAAGGGUAUUUGCCAGUAACCGUCGCAUGUCGAUUAUAAAGUAACUCUUAAAAUUUCAUUAUUUACCAGGUUCCACAGGGAGUGAAAGCGAUUGGUUAAUUUUAUUAGGAAUAGGAUAGGCAUUCCCUAUACCCCCUAGAUUUUUAAAUUAAUUAAGACAAUUCAUCGUAACUCAUUUUUUUGCAAACAAUGUCAUUUCCAUCCUCCAGAAUUUCUUAUUUUUUUUAUUUUUAUUGCACGGGUAACGUUUGUAAGUUAAACGUUCGACUCCACUUCAAUUUGUGUGUCGUGUAUUUAGAUUAAGAACAUGCGAAAUUUAAGGGUUUUUUUUUUAUUUACUACUAUACCUUGAUCUGAAAGUACAAAUAAAAUGUUACAUACAAUUCUUUAGUGCUGUACAAGAUGUAAGGGUUUAAAAGGGGGUGUGUUCAUUAUUUUCUCUAAUCUAAACGUCUGAAUUUGCCAGUAAAUAAACUAAGUUUGUAGGAUUUUUCUUGUUUACGGCAAAAAAACUGCCCUAAAGCGAAAAAAAAGUAAUGCUCAACGACGUGUGGCAUACAAUUUUUUUAAUUAAGGAUAUUAUGUAAAACGGUGUAGUUCGAUUGGAACAAAAGUCUCCAGUCUUGUUACACGGUUAUAUUACCGCAGAAAAGUUUGUAUUAGUUAGUCGAUUCAACUCGCCGUAUUUAGAUAGAGAAUUUGCCGUUCCUUUUGUAUGACUAGGUAUGUUUACCUAAUGUUUAAUAUUUUUACUGUGUGUCACUUUGGUGUCGUUUUUCAGAAUCAAGACCAAAUAAAUUUUUAGAUUUAAAGGUGUUA